GAUAUUACCAAAGCAAUGCAUUGCAGUUGAAUUCCACAAACCCUAAUCACCAGACAAAAAUGGUGAAGAAGAAAGUCCCCGAUUGGCUCAACAGCUCUCUCUGGUCAUCACCAAUUACCACUCCUCCUUCCUCCGCCGCGGUCGAAGACAUCCCCGCCGUCGUCACCUCACCGGAACCGCCACGACCUCCUUCCCCUCCCGUCAUCAUCCAAGAUCCUCCACAGGCACAGAAAAUCCAGGACUCGCGAUCCGACGAUGACGGCGACACAUCCCCUUCUUUCUCCGCCCGCGAUGUCCCUCACCAGGCUCAGUUGUUGGCCGAGUUGUCGAGGAAGGUGAUUGAUAUUCGGGAGUUGCGGAAGCUCGCGUGUGAUGGUGUACCUGAUGCUUCUGGGAUACGCUCCACCGUGUGGAAGCUUUUGCUUGGAUAUCUUCUGCCAGAUCGAGGGCUUUGGUCAUCUGAAUUAGCGAAGAAGAGAACCCAGUACAAGCAGUUCAAAGAGGAGGUUCUCAUGAAUCCUUCAGAAAUAACAUGGAAGAUGUACAACUCCCUUAGUUGUGAUAGUGAUGAAGCCAAAUGUGAGAGGGCCUUGCUCUCCAGAUCAGAAAUCACUCAUGGGGAGCACCCUUUAAGCCUUGGGAAGACCAGCGUAUGGAAUCAGUUCUUCCAGGACACAGAGAUCAUAGAUCAGAUUGACCGAGAUGUGAUGCGCACUCAUCCUGAUAUGCACUUCUUCUCUGGUGAUUCUCAAUUUGCAAAACUGAAUCAGGAGGCUUUAAAGAACAUACUAAUUAUUUUCGCCAAGUUAAACCCAGGUGUAAGAUAUGUUCAAGGGAUGAAUGAGGUAUUGGCUCCUCUGUUCUAUGUGUUCAAGAAUGACCCUGAUGAGGAAAAUUCGGCCUUUGCUGAAGCUGAUACGUUCUUUUGUUUUGUUGAGCUAUUGAGUGGGUUCCGAGAUAACUUUGUUCAACAAUUAGACAACAGUGCUGUUGGAAUCCGUGCAACUAUUACAAGAUUGUCUCAGCUUUUAAAAGAACAUGAUGAAGAGCUGUGGCGUCAUCUUGAGAUCACUUCUAAAGUCAAUCCCCAAUUCUAUGCAUUUAGGUGGAUCACUCUCCUGCUAACUCAAGAAUUCAAUUUCGCUGACAGCAUUCACAUUUGGGACACUAUUUUAAGUGAUCCAGAGGGUCCACAGGAGACUCUUCUCCGGAUAUGCUGUGCAAUGCUAAUUCUGAUUCGUAAGCGCCUCCUUGCCGGUGAUUUCACUUCUAAUCUGAAGUUGCUGCAAAAUUAUCCCACUACAAACAUUAGUCAUUUGCUCUAUGUUGCCAAUAAGUUUCGUGUACAGUCAAUCUAAUGGUUUACGCCCCUGGUAUUCUGCAUUUUGCUUUUGUACCUCUGUUUGAGUGUUUCUAAUUUAGUGCUUGUAAAUGACUGAAUGUCAGGCUCCGAGUUCGAGCAUCAACUGCUUGUUUAUUUAUUCAUUACUUUUAUUUUAUGCACAUUUUUGCUUUUAGAAUAAGGUUUCGCUUCGGUGAAAUACCUUUGACAAUGUAAAACUGUACUACCCGUGCAUAUAUAUUAAACUCAGAGAAAAAAAAACUUGCUAUUA